AUGCUGAUCUCUCCGGCAAUCACCAUCCUAGACAGGGCCGUCGUUGAGCGGACAACCACAGGACGGCCCCUCAUCCGAGGGCUCGUCUCACAGCUACGCUCCGCCAUCCGUCGACCCCGCGGUUUCUUCCUCACCCGGCCGCUCGGCAUCGUCUGGACUCUGUACGCGGCAACCUACGUCACCGCCAACGCCGCGACGACCGUGGCCGAGAGAUACGAAGGCGCCGCUGCCGUGGGCACCGCCACCUUCGCCUCCACCCUGCUCGUCAACGUUCCCCUCGGCGUAUGGAAAGACCUGCGCUUCGCCGAGAUCUUUGGUUCCGGGGCAUCUCUCGAGGCGGGCAAGGCGGUGACGACGACGACGGCACCCCGGGGCCUCCCCAGGGCCGCGACGGCGACGUUCCUCCUCAGAGAUGCCGUGACCAUCUUCGGCUCCUUCACGCUGCCGGGCUGGGUGUCGUCGACCAUCCCAGACUCCGUGAUGGUGUCCUCGCACGCCAAGACGACCAUCACGCAGCUGACAGUCCCCGUCUUGUCGCAGCUGGUGGCCUCGCCGAUCCACCUCAUCGCGCUGGACUACUACGAGAGGCAGACACGGUUGCCGUUCUCCGACAGGGUGGCCCGGACGCGGGGGCAUGUGCCGUCGACGGUUGUCAUGCGUUGCGUCAGGAUCAUACCGGCGUUUGGCAUCGGCUCCAGCGCCCGCGGUCUCGUAUACGGUGUCUUCCAGCAGCGACAAUCUUUUGACUGCCUGCUCGCCGCGUGCGUUAACCCCGGCUUUGGUAGCGGCGUCGAGACGUGGAAUACAGUUUUCUGGAUCGCCACCCGCAUUUCCAUCGCCGUCGGCCUCAUCCGCAUCUGCUUCCCCGAGUCCAAGCAGCUCCUCGAGGCCAAGACGCAUCAUGUCAAGAACACGGCCUCCCUCUGUCCCACUUAG